AUGGUUGCUGCGGUUGCAGCCGGCCCAAGGCCCAUUUCGCAUGGGACUCUAGACGCUCAGCGUCUCGUUAAGGCAAUACAAUACUGUCUCACUGCUCGGGCGGUCAAAGCAGCUCACCACAUCUCUGCCAGGAUUAAACGCGAAACCGGGGUGAAAGCAGCGGUGGCCCCUUUCCACAGGCAUCUUCUGCAAGACCUCUUACCAAAUCUGCCGGCCGCGAGGAAAUGCCGAAAGGGCGGCAAGCAGUAUCGAACCUGUCGAGCCCAACUUCAAGGUAAAAGGUCGAGCCAAGGCUAUGGCGCUGGCCACAAUGCAAGCUUCCCAGAAGCUUGUACCAACUACCUGCCAGGGACGCUCGUGGACGUGGCCUUGGCAGCGGCUGAGGGGUUUCGGGUGCUUCCUGUUUCAUAUCGGGGUAAAGAGCACAAAUACGACCAGGUAGCAGAUUGGAAGGCCGGCUUGAGGACUGGCGCCAAGUGCUUCGCGAUCUGGAUGGCCGAGAGCAUGGGCGAUGUUUUCUACCAACCCUACAAAGGUGCCCGCGACGGACGGCAUACGGAGUAUUCUGGGGGAUAUUUGGGGUUGCAGCGAAAAUCAGCCACGCCUCGUUAG